UACCAGCAAACACUGUAUCUACUGCAUUUUUUCCCUCUCAAACUCGCACUCAACAGUCGUCGUUGUAUCUGAAUUGUAAGUGACGGCAAGAAGAAUUCGGCUUAAGUGAUUCACUGCAACUCGUGGCUACUCUCUUUAACAAUUCUCGUUUCAUUUUUAUUUUUGAUAAAAGCACCCAAAAUUUCUUUGAAUGCAUACUGAUUAUUUCGUCCACGAUUCUUUAAUUUAAGCUGUAAAGAUUUUCUCUCGCAUAUUGUGUGUACAUUUCCUGGCAACAACUUUUUUUGCUUCAGUCGUUAAUUUAUUUUUAAUUUCCGUUUAUUUUGUGUGGAUAAAUUUAGGGUUUAUGGGUUUAUGCACCGUCUUUUUGCGCGUGUUGAGAAAUUCUCAAUUUCCACACGCCUUUAUUGUUUUGACUACGUUUUAGUAUUGCUAUCCUUCAUUGCGGAAGGUGGAGUGAUUUAUCUGAUUUAUCAGUAUUACUAUCAUCUGGUGAAGCUUUUAUCAGUAUUUAUCUGAUUUAACAUGCUCUGUUUGCAUUCUUAGUAUAUGUCGAUAAGUCGAUUAACAUGCUCUCCUUACAUCUCUCUUGUCUUCCAUUUGCAUGCUUAUCUUGUGUUGCAUGUAUAGAACAUAUGGCUCCAAAAAUUUGUCUGUUGGUAGUUUGUAGUGUUGUAUUAAAAGAUACAUAGAAAACAAAAUGCAUUGCUUGCUUCAUGUUCUUCAGUAAGUUUAGGGGCUUAGGAUUACUCUCAAACUUUGAUUUGUCUCUUGCUACUGUUUCUGCCACUUCUAUGAAUGUGGUGUACCAUCUCUAAUGAUUUUGUGGAUAUUAUUUGGCUCGUCUGCUUGGAUAUUUCUGUGGUUGUAUGAUAGUUUGAUUUGUAAAAGCACUUCAUCUAGCUCGUUGUUAUUUACGUAAAGUUUAACCUAGAAUUGAAUGAAAAUUGCUGGUUCAAAGUGAUGUUUUUAUCACACUAAGUACUAAUUAGUUUACAAUUAUGUGUUUUCUUCUUAUCUAUACUUUUUAAUGUGCUUGCUAGAAGAGCUUACUGGUGUAUUGAAAGUUUAUGAGCCUGCUUCAUAAAAAACUGCUGAGAUGAGCAGCAAGCAGACAAAAGCUAGGGUUGCCAAUGCCUUUCGUGCUAUGAAGGACAUUGGAAUCUCUGAAGCUAUGGUGAAACCGGUUUUGAAGAAUUUGCUAAAAUUGUAUGACAAAAACUGGGAACUUAUUGAAGAGGAGAAUUAUAGGGCACUUGCUGAUGCUAUAUUUGAGGGACAAGAAGCCGAAGCAUCUGAGUGUUCAAAGAAGAAAACGAAUGCUGAAGAAAGGUUGGAGCAACAAGCACAGGCAGCUGAAGAGUCGACACAGCCUUUAAAAAGGGCACGACUUAGAUACCAAGAUGGUCAAAGCACCUCCUCUGCUGCAGCUACUGAUAGUGGUCCCACGAUGCCCCUGAUCAUUCCUAAAGAUGAACCAACUGAACCACCUAAUAUACGCUCACCAGAGGUAAAUGCAUCUCAAGGCUUGGUUUUGUCACCUCAGCCCAGUGCUGAAAACAGGAGAAGGACUGAUCCUCAGUUACUCGGUAAAGUAAAAGGAAAGCAGCCUGCUUAUUCUGAAUCAUUGGUUGUCCAUGAGGUAUGUGACCCCUGCCAGCCCAAUAGCGCCACAAGUCCUUCUCAUGCUAUGAAGCUCAGAGACAGAGGAAAGCAAUCCAUCUGUCCUCAAACAUCAUCUGGGGAUAAGAUUUUGUUUCCACAAGGUUCUCCCCAGGCUACUCAUAAGGAGUGGAAAGUCGUGCGUGGUUGUGUUCCGGCUCCCAAAAAGAAGCGUGCUUCAAAUUUUGCUUUAAUUAUUCCUAAAGAAGAGCCUGUUACAGAUGACAUGCCACAACUCGUGCUUCCUGUUGCUAUCAUUGGUCCAGAGCCAUCUAUUAAAAGAGAUUCAUCUGAUCAGAAUGGUUCAGUUAGAGAACUGUCUUGUUUUGAACCCUCAGCUUCACCAUCCGUAAAUGGAAAAGAAAGAAACAAGAGAGCUGCUGAAGCUAUAACAAAUGGUGAGCUUGAACUGGCAUCAAGUCAGUUUGCUUCUAACCUAGAGAUUGCUUCCUCGCCUCUUGGGGAGGUGAAAAUUUCCUUGAGCUGCAACUUGCCUCUUGUGAGGCCUGAUUCCGAUAUGCCUAGUCUUGAAACAGUACUACAACUGGUGGAUGAUAAAUGUCUCAGAUCACACAAAACUUUGGGCCCAAGCUUUUCUGUGAUGAAUAUUUUAAAAGAAGUUUGUCAGUGCUUUCUAAAUUUAAGAUCAGAUCAGAAUAGUGUGGGCCCUUCAACCAUAGACAUGCAUCCAACUCACUUACCGAGUAAAUCAUCUGCUACAGAUGAUCUUGGUGCUGGUGCACUGCGGUUAAAUUCAUUAACUGGAGCAAAUGAUCCCCAGUCUAAUAGCAAUUUACCUUUAUCUGAAAUACAACCGGUUAUUUCUUGCAAUGGCACAGAUGAUGGCUCUCAUCUGGAGGAGAUGAAUGGUGGGGAUGGCCAUGCAACCCAUACUGAGAACAAAGAGCGUCAUGUAGAAGAAACAAAUGGUCUGAGCUCGGUGGUUGCUGAUCACUCAGUAACUCCUGAAAUAAUCAAGCCACUGCAUGAUCUUUUUGACAUAGCAAAGGGACAGGAAAAAGUUAUAAUUUCACUGGUGAAUGAAGUAAAUAGUGAGUCUCUGCCAUCCUUCUACUACAUACGUGAAAAUGUUGUUUUCCAAAGUGCUUCUGUGAAUUUCUCCUUGUCCCAUAUUGGAGAUAGCAGUUGUUCUGCUUGCUCUGGCAAUUGCUUGUCAUCUUCUGCACCUUGUGCAUGUGCACAUUUAGUUAGAGGUGAGUUUGCAUAUGCUACAGAUGGUCUGGUUAAGGAUGGACUUCUUAAAGAGUGUAUUUCCAUGAAACGUGAUCUGAAGAAACAAAACCAGUUUUUCUGUAAGGAAUGUCCUCUGGAAAGAUCAAAGAGUGAUGAUACUCCUGAACCGUGCAAAGGUCAUCUGGUGAGGAAGUUCAUCAAAGAAUGUUGGUUGAGAUGUGGCUGCAAUAAACAAUGUGGCAACCGUGUGGUGCAGAGAGGAAUAACUCGCAAUAUACAGGUGUUCAUGACCCCGGAAGGAAAAGGGUGGGGUCUGCGUACUCUGGAGGACCUGCCAGAAGGUGCUUUUGUUUGUGAAUUUGUUGGAGAAGUUUUAACCAAUUCAGAGUUCUUUGGUCGCAUUUUGAGGAGCACUAAACAGGAGAAAUAUUCAUAUCCUAUGGUCCUGGAUGCUCAUUGGGGGGCGAAAGAAUCGCUGAAAAAUGAAGAAGCGCUUUGUUUAGAUGCUUCAAAUUAUGGAAAUGUUGCAAGGUUUAUUAACCACAGAUGUUAUGAUUCAAAUUUAGUGGAGAUACCAGUGAAAGUGGAGACUUCUGAUCACCACUACUAUCGUCUUGCUCUUUUCACUGCAAGAAAGAUAACGGUUAUGGAAGAACUCACUUGGGAUUAUGCGAUUGAUUUUGACGACCAUGAUCACCCUGUUAAGGCAUUUCACUGUCAAUGUGGUAGCAAGUUCUGCCGCAACAUUAGGCGGUCAAGAAGUAGAGCUUAAAGAAUGUGACAAGGUGGUUGUAGCAGUCUACCCUGAUUGCAAUUUUUCCUGUUGAACUCGGCUAAGUGAUCUUUGUGGAUGCCAUUUUCUGGCUUCUUCUUUCAUGUAAAUUCCCUCCUUGAAUUGAUAUGUUAUCUGCAGGCCAUAUCUAAUCUCCAUUCUUGGAUACCUGUUUUGAUUUAGUGUUUCCUUGUGCAAAUACUUACUCAACGGCCCACCCAAGAAUGUUUUGGAUUAUUACUAAUAUGUAGUGUUUCUAGUUGAAAGAGUGCGUAGUAAAACAACUGCUGCAAUUAAACAUUGCUACUCUACUUAUCUUUUCAAUUUGUACCUUGUAACUGUCCCUCGUGUGUCUUUCUCACACUCGAUGAGCUUUAUUCAAAGUUCUUUUUUUUGUUGCUUCA